AUGAGUAGCUCGUCACCAUUACCAAGUCGGCUAUGUGCCAUCAGCCAGCUUCACUCGCUUUUUACAGGUGACAAAGUUCGCUUUCUAGGAUGUGUGAACCAAUACCAUGAACCAACUGCUUCGUUAUUUGUCUUCCAUGACUUUCCUUCUAAAGGUCACCACACUGCCCAAGUCGACAUCAGUCAGCUACUCGACACCAUCGAUCGCCAGAACCUCCAGAUCGGUGCCUGGCUCAAUAUCAUAGGAUACAUCACGCCUCCUUCGUCCAGGUCUGGGUCCAAAGUGCAAGCCAUCACCGUAUGGUCUGCGGGUGCUAUCAAUGUGCAACAAUAUGAGUCCGCUUUGGUCCUCAGACAGACGACAUAG